GGCUCGUCUACACUUUACGCGUCCUCUUCCACUUGCGCUAGACACCUCUUCCGAGUCACAGUCCACGUGAGAGAGAGGCUAUCAGUAUGGAUAAACCAGUCGUUUUGGCGCGCGUCAUCAAGGUCCUGGGUCGCACCGGCUCGCAGGGUCAGUGCACCCAGGUGAAGGUGGAGUUCCUGGGCGAGCAGAAUCGGCAGAUCAUCAGGAACGUGAAGGGGCCGGUACGAGAGGGCGAUCUCCUAACCUUACUCGAGUCCGAGCGCGAGGCGAGGAGGCUUCGAUAACGCGGGGUUUCGUUAACGCCGGGGGAAGGAAAACGGUCGCCAGCCACCGCCACCAUCAUCGGGUUUCACCAGCUAUGCAUUUCCUGAACGUGGAUCCCCUCCUACGCAUGGAUCGUCGAUCACGUGAGUCAUCGAUCGUGAAUCGUGGGUCAAGAUCGUCGACAACUGGCACGUGCUUCUGCGACACUCUUCUGGCCACGUGCUUCUCGAGAGGAUGCUGCCGAUCACGGAGCGGGAUCACGUUCUCCUGGAAACAUUCCUGACGCAUGAGAAUUCCACGCCUUUUGCAAUAAAACUCGGCUGGUAAACCACAAGUUUCACGGUGUUGUCAUUGUGUUCCCCCCUCGUCCAAUGUAACAUCCAGCGACGAAUUGUAAACCGAGCGCUUUUUAUAAUCUAAGGGUUAUUAAUAUAUCUGCAUUUACUACCCA